ACAAAAUAUACUUGGAAUUUGUAUUGUUUAACUUGAACGUCUGUGUUUCUGUGUCAAACAUAAAUGUUUAGAUGAAGAUUCUUGAUUUGCUAAAAAAAGUAGAUCCUUUCACAGCAUAAGCCACAUGCAAAGACGUCUGGCAGAAACAACUGCCUCCUGCAUCUUAAAGUGAGUCAUUUUAAAAAUUCUGAAUAAUUGGUGAUCACUGGGUGAAUGGGGAUAUUACUUCUUGUGUGCUUGAUGAAAAUCUAAAUGUUGUAGCAGCUCGUUCUGCUACAUCCUUGUGGCCAAACGUAUCAGUUCACUGCUUUAAAACUAGGUCAAGUGGUGAUUGUAGCUGCAUCGCAAUCCACAUCUCAAUGUCGGAGCUCAGAAAUGCCUCGAGAUAAAGUCAGCUUUUACCCCACCGAUGAAAACUGGUACAACUGGUAGAACAGAUGUUAUUAACCAUGGAUCGGAUUCAACACGUGCCAUCUUGCCACCUCAAACACACACCCGUGCUUCAUCAUUGCUGAAAUUGGACAAAACCAUCAGGGAGACAUUGAGAUUGCUAAGAAAAUGAUCAAGAUGGCAAAGGACUGUGGUGCUGACUGUGCCAAAUUCCAGAAAAGUGAAUUGGAUUACAAAUUUAGCAAGCGGGCCUUGGAACACCUGUACAAUUGCAAGCACUCCUGGGGCAAAACUUAUGGUGACCACAAGCGUCACUUGGAGUUUAGCCAUGAUCAGUACAGGGAACUGAAGAAGUAUGCAGAAGAAAUUGGAAUCUUCUUCACAGCCUCUGGCAUGGACGAGAUGGCUGUGGAGUUCCUCCAUGAGCUCGAUGUGCCUUUCUUUAAAGUUGCCUCCUGUGAUGCGAACAACUUCCCCUAUCUGGCGGUAACUUCCAAAAAAGGACGUCCCAUGGUGGUGUCCACUGGGAUGCAGUCCAUGGAGACAAUUCGUCGAGUCUACAAGACAGUGAGGGAGCACAACCAGAACUUCACCCUGCUGCAGUGCACCAGCGCCUACCCUCUGGACCCCAAAGAUGUCAACCUCAGUGUGAUCAAGGAAUACCAGAAGGAAUUCCCCGACAUUCCCAUCGGAUAUUCUGGACACGAGCAGGGGAUCUACAUCACUGUGGCCGCGGUGGCAAUGGGGGCAAAGGUCGUGGAACGCCAUGUGACCCUGGAUAAGACCUGGAAGGGAAAUGACCAUGAGGCUUCCCUGGAGCCCUCAGGGCUGGCAGAGCUGGUCCGAGCCAUCCGACUGGUGGAGAUGGCGAAGGGAUCACCGGUCAAGCAGAUGUUACCCUGUGAGAAGAACUGCCACGAUAAGGUUGGUCUCAUUUCUCCUCGUCUUUCUCCCAUUCACUCUAUUCGUACCAGUUUUCUGAACUUGGUCUCACUUGGACUCAAGCACGACCUAAGUAGAGUUUGGUGGUCAAAGGUCAAAGUCACUGUGACCUCAUUCUGACCAUCAGUGUUCAUGAUUCAUAGUAUCAGAUGGAAACCAAACUGAUUUUGUAUCACUCACUCUUAACUUCCAUAAAGUCUGUCUUUUAAAUCUCAAUCAUUUGUUCAAUUCAUAACCUCACUGUCAAUGUAGGGAGGUGAAGCCGCGUGUGCACUCACCGUGAUUUCAGGUACUGUAUGUGUGGGGAAUGUUAAAGACGAAUGGUGUUGGGAUUUCUCCUGCAACCUCAGUUCAUUUCAAAGGUGCCACAUGUGGCCCUUUACCAAAAAUAAAUGCUUCUGUACUGUUAAUCUUGCAAAUAAAAAGGGGUCUAAAUAAGCUCUCUGUUGGAGUGUUAUUUUAAUUUUUAUUCAUAACAGUUUAAUGUCUUCUCAGAUUUAAAUUGGGAAAAGUGCAUAGGAGAGAUUUGCAUGGUCAAAGCAUAAUAAUAUAGGUUUUUAUUUAGUUUAGACACACAUUCUGCAUUUCUUUAAACCCACAAACUGGAAUGGCUGGACAUUUCUUC